AUGGCGGCGGGCGACGGGGCCGAGGAGCCCGGCGCCCCGGGGAGCGGCGGCGGCGGCGGGGGCCCGGGCGGCGGCGCGGGCGCGUGGGCGGCGCUGCCGGCGGCGGGGGAGAUGCUGCUGCACGCGGCGCUGGCCGCGCUGCUGCUGCUGGGCGCGCUGCGCCUGUGGCGGCGCUGGGGGCGGCGCGGCCGGGGCGCGGGGCCGGGCGCGGCCGAGGACGGGCCGGCCGCCGCGCUGCCGCGCAUGAAGAAGCGGGACUUCAGCCUGGAGCAGCUGCGCCAGUACGACGGCGCGCGCACCCCGCGCAUCCUGCUCGCCGUCAAUGGCAAGGUCUUCGACGUGACCAAAGGCAGCAAGUUCUACGGCCCGGCGGGGCCUUACGGGAUAUUUGCGGGCAGGGAUGCGUCCCGAGGCCUGGCGACCUUCUGCCUGGACAAGGAGGCGCUGCGGGAGGAGUACGACGACCUCUCAGACCUGAACGCCGUGCAGAUGGAGAGUGUCCGGGAGUGGGAGAUGCAGUUUAAAGAAAAAUACGACUACGUCGGCAGACUCCUAAAGCCGGGAGAAGAGCCGUCAGAAUACACAGACGAAGAAGACACCAAGGAUCACAAUAAACAGGACUGAACUUUGUACACAACUAAAGUCAGGGGCCUUCAGAACUGCAGUUCUCACUUCCUCUUGCAGAACGUCCCGGGCCCGGCUCACCUGCACCAGAAGCGCCACCGGCCGCCUCGCCGGACACCAGGCGCCCCGGGCCGUGCGCUGCUGUGCUCUGCCGGGCGCCCCACCCAGCACGGGCACGGGACUUCCCAGCAGCAGGAAAGUCACGAGGUUGCUUUUUCCUUUUCUCCCCCGUUUUUUUUUGUUUUUUGUUUUUUAACCAUAGACAACCAGAUGUGCAUUUGUUACACACGUGUGCAGCCCUCCUCACGGGACGGCGGGGCCGCCUCACCCGCAGCGCCUCGUGUCUCUCGUUGGCUUCGAGGAAGGCGGCGCCGUGGGGUCACAGCACUGGCGUCAUUUAGGCCGCCCAGACAGCGGAGUGGAUUCCAGGCUCUUCUUUUUGGGUUUUGUUAGCCUUUAUUUCUUUAAAAACAAAAAACUUUGGAAAUUAGGUGAAGGGAUUUCCAAAGGAUUUAAGCCCAGGCUAAUUCUCCAGGGUAAGGCCAGCUGAAAUAGUGUCCACCUGCCGCCCUCGACCAGACCCAUGUUAAUUGUGCCUUAUUUCACUUACAUAGACUUGGUUACUUUUAGGGACAGCCCCUGUGUGAGGUCAGAAGUCACUACAGCAGCGCUGAGACUGAAGCUGGGAUGUGCUGUUGCCAGCAAGCCUUGAGUCGUUCUGUGUAUAGGAUGUCAGGAACCAUCAGUGUUACCGCCGUGGAUGCCACUGCACACGGUUUAGUUAGCAUCGCCAUGGCCAGCUGCGUCCCCGUGCUUUUCUCUUGUCAAAAACAUCGAAAACCAAGUCGACUCUACCCCCCAACAGCUGCCUGAUUGGAGGCGUCGGGCCCCUCGUGGUGAGGCGCUCGGCCGCGGUGUGGGUGUUGCGUUGCGGACCUGAGCGCGCGAGGCCGGGGAGGCUCUGCGACUGUAAAUACCAGUGCGUUUUAAUAAAGCAUGUGCAACCCCGCAGCCGCGCGUGGGACUCUGUGUGCGCGGGGGGCGAGGGCACGAGGCCGCGCCCGAGGAGAAGGAAGUGGGGUGGCCCGGCCCCAAGCCAAGGACAAGGCCCCUCUGCAGGCGGGUCUCGGGGCGCCAGCCCACGGGGCGGUGUCAGCUUGCAGGUGCCGCCUCCCUUGAGCCUGGCACCACCCUCGUGGCGGGUCGUGACUCCAGCAGGAGGGUCUGGGUUCUUGGGGACGGGGCGGCUGACACCAAGAGACCACGUCAACCGCCAGGAGAAGCCGUCCCGGGGGCCUUCGACCGACUGAGCCGCGCCGUGCACGCCGCGCCCCUUCACCCCGCCAGCGGGGCGGCUCUGUGGGAACCACGGGCCUCAGCCAAGCCUUCCGGGAGCCCGGCAGUGGGAUGGAGGCGACGGCAAAUGCCCUGUGUGUGUGACCCAUUGUCUGAACAGUUGGUGUGAAUUCCUGCCUCUGAAGUAAAUGGACACGUACGUGUGGGUCGUCGGGGCCUGGGUGGGGAAGCCACGCGUGUUCACGCAACGAAGGUCUCGUGUCUGUGAGAGCGUGAGCAGCGCUGUCUUCUGGGCUGGAAAUAAACGGUGUUCCGCAGACACGCCUGGUGGUUCUC